AUGUUCCCGCAACGAAGAAGCGGUCGUUGGACUGACCAAGAAAAGCAGCUUCUUGAAACAUUGGUUCAGACCUAUGGUUACAACUGGAGGCUAAUCGCAAUACUUAUGCAGCAAACGCGCGAUCAGCGUCAGAUUCGGGAACAUUACCUUAAUCACCAGAAUCCCGCAAACGCAGAAUUACAUCAUCCGAAUCCAAAAGAAUUCAGGAAUUGUUUAGGCAAUAUGGUCGUCAGUGGAAACUUAUCGCUUCAUUUUUCCCUGGCUUCAGUCCUAUUAUGGUCACAAAAUCAACAACCGGACUUUGCUCCAUUUGGAAGUUAUCAACAAUUGGACCAUCAUCAAUUUGGGGAUAACCAGCAACAACCAGCUCUUUCUCCUCCUUCAGAUAGCAGUC